CCUCCCAUAGAAACUGCACGUCAUUCUCAUCCUCUGCGUAACCUGCUCCUGCUGCCGGUGGUGUGACAAGAUAGAUCGCCUGUGCACCCUAAGUCUAUCCGUCAGAACCUCAAGAUGCCCCCGGGGAAGAAGGGGCCGCGAGUCCCACGGUGUCACGCGGAAGAUACAGAACCUACUCCUACAGACUAUGAGAAACAGAGGGCAAUUACAAUCAUGAAGAAUAAUCAAAUGAUGCAACGGUUAGGGAUUCGUCAAUUACAAUCAAUGAUGGCUAGUAUUCCAAGUGGAAGGAUGAACGAUAAUGCUCCUCACGAAUCUGGAUCGUUGUAUGAUGGUGAUGAUAUUGAGGACUCUGAGGAUGAGAUGGUCAGUAAGGAAUCCCUAGUUGAUAAGUCUGUAGCCAGCCACAUCCCCAACAAUGGUGCUGAAAUCUCUUCGAAAAAUACAAGAGCCUCUAAAAGGGUUGUUGCACCUGGAGUGCAAGAACAACCAAUUAGAGUCACUAGGCGAAGGAGUGCUACCAUAAACCAAGAGUCCAACCAAAAUAUAAUGGCUGGUAUACUGUCUGAUUCUUGUGAUGCCACAAACCAAGAUUGCACCCAACGCAUAUCUACUGUUGUACAACCUAGUUCACCAAUAGAGACCGAGAGCGAAGAUCCCACUGGAGACCAAGGCGAGUGA